UAGAGAUAUGUACUGUUUGGCCGUAAUUUAGCAUAGACAAGAACCUAUUGAGUUCCAUGCUAGAAGAACCUCCUCCAGACAGUCGCCUGGCGUUCGUCACCCUAGUCUGUGGAAAGAAGCGUCAAAACUUGAGAGUGCCAUAAAUUAAGCCUUCCCCCGUAUGAUGUCAUGGGCCAGCUGGCUCCGACGUUUUGUAACUGCGACGCCUGAUUUUUUCGAGUGUUAUUUGUACAAUCGUCGACGCAGGCGAACGUCGAAGUAGAACCACGCGAAUUUAGUAUUUCCGAUUCUAUAGAACGUGCUGUAAACGUAACUGCCUUGAAUUCGCCUUUAGUAUUUUCUUACAGCAAUUCUUUCUCAAAUAUUGCGUUUUGUGAUAAUACAGGAAACAUUUGAUUUUUUUGCACAAAAAUCGGGACCCUAGUGUUGCGAUAAUGGAGAUGUAGAAACGAUUUUAUUUCUCGAAGUUGAGAUCUUAGACGUGUCGAACGUAGGAAAUGAUAAUGCGAGUGAAAGAGAAAGAAGGACUGAGAAUCGAAGCGAUCAACAAAUAGGACCGCGAUAAGCUAAGACCUUUAACUCAAAACUCAAACUUUUUUAUUUUUGAUUUAUUAUAAAUGAAAAUAUAUGAUCUCAUAUACAAGGUUGUUGAAUUCGUCUUAACAAACACCAUCGUACGUACUAAGAAAAAGGAUAUGUGGUUGAAAAAAUAUUAUGUUGUAAUGCUAGUGUACAAGCACAUAGGACAGAUCCCUAAGUUUAAGCUUAAAUACAUAGGAUCUUGUAUAUACUAAAUUGUGACCAAAGAGGCCAGAUCCCUCAUUUUAUAGGUUCUUGUAUAUGCUAACUCUAGUUUCUUUCACUGCUUGGCCGUAUGGUGCAGCACUAGUUCGGGAAUAAGCAGGAUCAUAAGCGAGAGCAUUCUCAUUUCCUCUCUGAUUUAUAUGUUGCGGUCUGUGGUUUGCGGUAUUUUGGAUGUACGUUAAAAUGGAAAACGUCAAAAGCUUUGAAUAGAUUUUAACAAAGUACUUUUGAAUGACAAUGCUAAAAAGUAUGAUGGUCGAAUCAACAUGAGAAAGAACGUUCUUAACUGUCUUUCCUUUUAAAUAAAUAUUAAUAAGCUAUGUAAAUUUUGCCAUUGACAACUGAUAUGAUAUGAUCAUGGCGGAAUCUACGAAGACAGAGGAUGAUAAAAUUAAGUGUAACAUUUUAAUCGUCGGAGCUGGAAUGGCUGGAUUGUCAGCUGCAAAUCAUUUACUGAAGAAUCAAGAGACCGAUUUUUUGAUUGUCGAAGCACGAGGUCGCAUAGGUGGGCGUAUAAUCGCUACCAAAAUCGGCAAUGAAAAAGUAGAAUUAGGAGCAAAUUGGAUCCAUGGUGUCCUAGGGAAUCCAAUGUUUGAAUUAGCUAUGGCAAAUGGAUUAAUAGAUAUAGUACAUGUACCAAGGCCUCACAAAGUUGUAGCUGCUAUGGAAGAUGGGAAACAAUUGCCUUUUCCAGUUUUGCAAGAAAUUUAUGAAGCUUAUGUGUGUUUUUUAAGAAGAUGCGAGGAAUAUUUCUUAAGUACUUAUAGCCCCCCAGAUGGAAUAAACAAUGUUGGAGCACAUGUAUCAUUAGAGGCUGAGAUUUAUCUAUCAACCUUGCCAUCUGAAGAAAGAAAAAUUAGACAGUUAUUGUUUGAUUGUUUACUCAAAAGAGAAACUUGUAUUACUGGCUGUGAUAGCAUGGAAGAUGUCGAUUUGUUGGAAAUGGGAUCUUAUGCUGAACUUCAAGGUGGAAAUAUUAGUCUUCCAAAUGGAUACAGUGCUAUAUUAGAACCAGUUUCAAAACACAUACCAAAGAGCACCAUUCUAACUAAACACGUUGUCACUAAGAUUAGGUGGCAAAGAAACAAAUGCAUGGACAAUGAAAAUUCUAAUAACUGUUCUAAUACAAAUUCACCUAUCGAAAUACAAUGUGAAAAUGGAAAAACAAUAUUAGCUGAUCAUGUGAUUUGUACAUUGCCACUAGGAGUACUUAAGGAAAAAGCUAAUGAUAUAUUUGAACCACCUUUACCAAAUGACAAACUUGAAGCCAUAGAUAGACUUUUAUUUGGUUGUGUAGAUAAAAUAUUUUUAGAAUAUGAAAGACCAUUUUUAAAUCCUGGUGUGUCAGAAGUAAUGCUCCUAUGGGAUGAUAGAGGACUGCCAGAGGAAGAGAAGCAGGAUAUUAGUAAAACAUGGUUCAGAAAGAUCUAUUCUUUUACGAAAAUUUCGGAAACUCUAUUACUGGGUUGGAUAUCAGGAAAAGCUGCUGAAUACAUGGAGAAAUUAAGUGGAGCGGAAGUAGCAGAAGUAUGCACAUCAAUAUUAAGGAGAUUUCUUAACGAUCCGUUUGUACCAGCACCAAAAAAUUGUUUGUGCACCUCGUGGCAUUCACAGCCAUAUACGCGUGGUUCCUACACUGCUAUGGCUGUUGGUGCAAGUCAAUUAGACAUUAAUCGUUUAGCUGAGCCUAUACUACAAGAAGAUGAUCCUUCGAAAAUAGUAAUAGCGUUUGCAGGUGAACAUACGCAUUCUUCUUUUUAUAGUACGGUACACGGGGCGUAUUUAACCGGUCGGACCGCUGCCCAAGCACUUUUGGAAUCGAGAAAGAACGAAAAGAAUUCAUUGAGUCUCAGUUGCGAAGACACAAGUGAUCUAAGUUCAUGGAUACAAGGAAUUUCUCUAAGUUAAAUAUUAAAAGUUGUUUUAAGAAAAGACGAAUCGGAAGUUAUUCUCUAUAUCGAAAUUUUCACACAAUUGAGCACAAUUUAUUAUCGUGGUACGAAGAAUAUUUUACACACUGUCGAAAUCAAUGACAAUUGUGAUUUAUAGAUGUUUAAUAUUAACGCGAAAUCUUGUGAACUAUUUUAAUUUUGUAAAUAAUAUAGCGAAUUGUUUAUAUUAUGUACAUAACAACGCCUGUUUAAAAUUUUAAGACUUUAUAAAUAUGUAUUUUGCGAUUUGAUCUACUAUUAUGCCUUUCUUCUUAAAGAAUCAAGAAAGCGAUGACAGUAUAAAAAUCGUGUCACGAAAACAUGCUUCAUUUUAUAGGGUCACCUAACAUCAGUUAUACAAAUUUUAUAUAAUUAAUGCUAUCACAAGUGCUUUUUAUUCUUAAUAGAAAUUCAGACAAUUCAGUGAUCGCUAAUCAUUGCAUUAAAUAAUGAAUUGAUUUCUAUCUAUCUAUGGAUAAAACAAAGUGAAUGUAACAUGAUCUUACUUUGACAAAGAAAUAAAAUUAAACAUCUAUAUUUGCAUAGCAAAUUUAGUAAUGUUUGUUAUUAUAUCUAUACAUAUAUCUAUGAAUAUAUAUAGAUGAUAAUGGAAAGAAUAUCAAAAUUGUACAAUUCCAAAAUUGCCAGUUGUUCUAUUGAAUUUAUUCUUAUUUCUGCAUUUUUAUAUGCUGUUAUUUGAAAGUAUUAUUAUAAAGUGCAUUUUAUCUAGUCAUAUUACGUUAUUAUGCAUUAUAGUUUUUAAAUAUGCAACAAAAAUAUCCUUUAUCUUUUAUAUGUUUCUUUUUAAUGCAAAUAAUGUACCAGCUUAUAAUAAAAUCAAUCAGUGAUCUACAAUAUGAAUCAGUCCUGCAUAUCCAUUUUGCAAACAAGACAAUAGAAAUAUGUAGGUGACCAUAAAUUAUGUUUGAAAUGUGAUAGGAGCCUUUGCAAUACUAUUGUUUUCUUACGUACAUUUAAUACUAUUCUAAGAUUCUUUUUAAUACAUAUUACAGAUUUUUAACAUCCCAAAUAUACAUUUAUUUUUCUGCAACUGCCACUUAAUAUUACUCAUGACAACGCAAAUCGAAAUAUAAUUGAUAAAACCAAAAAAAUGUUAUAUUAUGCACAGAUAGAAUUACGAUUGAAAUAAAUAAUUUUCAGUAAUUA